CUGAGUACAUGUUCUGGAUCAUGUCUUGGAUCGCCGUGUUCUUGGUUGGUCAACACGAGAAGCAGUCGUCCUGGAGGAAAGGCAUGGAUGGACGACGCCAGCGUCAGCGCCAUCAAGUCACACAGGAUGCAGCCGUUGCCUCGUCCACAGAUCAGCCCCGACUUAUGCCGAGUUCCGCACGGUCUCCGACCUAUUUCCGAGCCAUCUCCGAUUUUUAUUUUUAUUUUUAUUUUUAUUUUUAUUUUUGGUGGAGGCACGGUGAGCCAGGUGAGCUAGUGUAGGCAGAUCUCACCAAGAUGAUGGGAAUCGAAGCGCAUAUAAGAAGCCAUCCCUCUUGCCCCUACUGACCGGGGCUUCACCAACAAGCCAUAAAAAUAAACAACAACAAUGAGCUACUUUGAAAAGGUUGCUGCACGAGCGCCGCUCGACCGUCACCGGGUGCUGAGUCGGACGGCGGGCGUGCGCGUGUCGCCGCUGUGCCUCGGCGGUGCCUCGCUGGGCGACGCCUGGUCCAAGGCUGGCGGCGCCAUGGGCAACGGUGCCGACGAAACGGCCUCGUUUGCGCUGCUCGACGCCUACUUUGCGCAGGGCGGCAACUUCAUCGACAUGGCCAACAACUACCAGGACGGCGAGUCGGAGCGGAUCCUCGGUGCGUGGAUGCGCGCACGGGGCAACCGCGACGAGCUCGUCAUCACCAGCAAGUACACGAGCACGUUCAAGUUCCAGCAGGGCCCCGCGGCCGGCGUCCACAUCUCGGCCAACUUCAAUGGCAAUGCGAAAAAGAGCCUGCGGCUCAGCCUCGACCACACGCUCGCGAGCCUGGGCACCGACUACGUCGACAUUCUCUACGUGCACUGGUGGGACUGGACGACGUCGGUCGAGGAGAUGAUGCAGGCGCUCAACCGCGAGGUGCAGGCGGGCCGCGUCCUCUACCUGGGCGCAAGCGACAUGCCCGCCUGGGUCGUGUCGAGCGCCAACGCCUAUGCGCGCGCCCACGCCCUCGCGCCCUUCUCCGUCUACGAAGGCCUGUGGAGCAUUCUGCAGCGCGACAUGGAGCGCGACAUCGUGCCCAUGUGCCGCGUUGAGGGCAUGGCCAUCUGCCCGUGGGGCGCCGUGGGCAGGGGCAAGCUGCGCACCGAGGCAGAGAUCGAGGAGCGCAUCCGUACCCGCGGUCCGCUACGUGGCGGUGCGCCGCAGACCGACCUCGAGAAGCGCGUCUCGGCAGGCCUGGACGAGAUGGUCAAGACCGACUUUGAUGACAAGAUCUCGAUCACGCAGCUUGCUCUUGCCUGGCUCCUGGCAAAGUACCCCUACUGCGUGCCCAUUGCCGGCGUGACAGAGAAGCGGCACCUCGAGUCCAACAUGUCGGCCGUGUCCAUCAGGCUGACGGACGCACAGAUGGCCCGCAUCGAGGCGCUGUCGCCGUUUGAGCCCGGCUUCCCGUACAGCUACAUCAAGCACGACCCGCGCGAGUCGGCCGACCAGGCCCAGAGCAGCUGGCUCGCCUCGUGCGGCGAGCUCGACUGGGUGCACGCCGAGAGGAGCAUCAACCGGCUGCCAUGAGGCGGCAGCACAUCCUCCUCUACAUUCCUAUUUUAAAAUGUGAACGACGUGAUGACGC